AUGGACGAGAAUAGAGUUCAUCCCAUGCCGGAGCAUGUUAAUGAACAUGGUGGAAAGAACGACGAAAGAACUGUACGAUCAAUUAUUUCUGAUUACGGAGAACGAACGACAAUACAUGGGUUGCUUUACUUAAUACGCGGUGAAAAUUUUAUAAGGCAACUCAUUUGGCUUUGUUUCAUUUCGUGUUCUUUUGCUUACUUCACCUUAAACGGUAUUAGACUUUUUAACAAUUUCUUUAAGUACCCAACCUUGACAAAAUACGAAAUUGUGACACAACAGAAGAUGUUGUUUCCAGCUAUAACGGUAUGUAACUACAACCCAAUACGCAAAUCCAAGCAAGAAUCAAUUUUUAACUACCUGUAUAACAACUCAAAAUUGAACGUGAGUUUAAACGACUUUAGACGAAGUGUAGAAAAUUCAAGCGAUAAUUACGCUACUCUUAAUUAUACCAAUAAUGUUGAGAAAAUAUAUCAAAGCUUUGGCCAUAGCAUGGAUGAAGAUGGAAUGUUUGUUAGCUGUAAGUGGAAGGGGAAGUCUUGCAGUGGAAAAGAUUUUAGAUCAAGUGCACAAAGUAUGGGGCUCUGCCACACAUUCAACUCAGGUAUGACAAACACAAUAUGAUACAUUUUGUGCAUUGCAUGUUUUUCAACAUUACAAAAAAGGGUUGGUCACGUCAUUACGUCGUUAAUGUAAAGAUGCUAUGUGAAGAGUGCUCACAAGAAAUAAGAAUUAAGGCUUACCUUAUGAUCUCCUGUCUUUCAUGUUUUGUACAGGUUAUGAAAACUACUCAUUGCAAUAUAUUACUAAUACUGGAGAGACCAAUGGUUUGUUCUUAACACUGAAUGUCCAGACUGUGGAAUAUCAGGACGACACUGAAAGUGUUGGUGUGAAGGUCCUAAUUCAUGAUCAGAAGGAACCGAUAUUUAUUAGAGAAAGUGGCUUCGCAGUUAUGCCUGGAAGGAGAGCUUUAGUUUCAGUCACGAAGAAGCAGGUUUGUUUAAUUUCUGUUUUGCUACAAUAUUAAUUUUUUAAAAAUGUCAUACGCAAAAUGUACACAAAAACUGCAUGACAUUCAAAUACGUUUUUUCGUCGGGCAAGUAUGAAUGCAAUACAGAUGAAUUCUCUGAAACUAUUUUCUUAGUCAAUGCGCAAAUUGAUGUAUAGAUUAAAGUAGAAGAAAUAUUUUGACCCUUCCCUGCAUUACUUUGAAUUCCAUCGUCCGUAACGGGAUUUCUGUACUCUUGCCAAGAUUUUGUUUUGUCAAGGGAUUAAUGCCACUACAUGUUAGUUGACACUGAAAAAAUUGUAAGACAUUAUAGGGAAGAUAAUAUGCUGAGACAUAUGAAUUUAUAUAAAAUUUAUUUUUCAUUACGGUUGCUUGAAACGGUUGCUUCUCCCGCGCAGAAGCUCGGAGCGUCUGGAGCGAAUAUGCUUGAAACACGGCCAUGAAAGUUUAACAACUUUCAACUUCCUUAACGUGCAGGCCAGAGCAAUUACACCUGUCAAUUAUUGUAUAUAGGUCGCAAACCAACCGUAAUGGAAAACGGUAUUAACCCUAUCGAAUCAAGGGGGGGGGGACGGCGGCAAGUGCCCGCGCUGAUUUCAAUAGUUAAUAUCUCCUAAAGCAGAACAGGUAUUGUUCUGAAAUAUUAUGAUUUUUCCGCAGUAUAACAGUUAUAAUAACAGUCAGAACUUUUUUAAUAAAAAGAAACUAUUUUUGAUAUAGCUACUUUCUUUUAAUUGUAACAAAACAGCUACAGUAAGUAUUACAACAAUGUUGGAAAUUAUAGAAAAUCCGGUUUUUGCACUUCAUGACGUCAUAAUGACGUCACAAUUUGUUGCCAUAGUAACAUAAGAGUAACGCAUAUUUGAAUAAUGCAUACUUCCCACGUAUAAAAGUUUGGUCGGAUUAUACCAAUUAAUGGUUCAAGAGAUAACGUCGGUCAAGUAAAAAUUAACGAUUAACGUCGGUCAAGUAAAAAUGGGCCAUUCUGAAUACCAGCCAGGGACAUCGUCGGGUUAGACAUUCUCUCAAACAAACAGCUACUAAUUAUUGAAUGUUGUUUUCAUCUAUUAAUAGGUGAUCACUUCACCUCCACCCUAUGGUAAACCAUGCAUAGAAAAUAGCAGAAAUGUAAAGUAUUUAAAGACACUUUGCAUGAGUGACUGUAAGGAAAAUUAUAUAAUCGACAAUUGUAAAUGUCAGGUGCCUCCACCAAGAAGUAAGUGACCCAAAUACAGCAAUAGAAUACCUAGAAAUAACAAUUAUAAUAAUGGAUGAACAGGAUAUUUAAUUGUGGCAACACAAAACAGAACAUCGUUACAAUUUUACGUGCAUCACGUUGGCUCAGUUUAUGUGUUAAGUUAAAUUAAAUUAAAUUAAAUUACUCGGAUAAUUAUGUUGACAGUUAAGGAAGAUACAUGUCUAACAAGCUCUUACAAAAUACAAAUCGCACCUCCAAUCGAAACUACAAACAAGUUGCAAGGUCACUGUACUGUAGCUCCUCCUUCUGCGUGUAUUGCCUCGACUUCAUCAAUUAAAUACGUUCGAGUAGUGUUUAGUUUUGUAGUCGAUGGUAUACGCACGUAUAACGGAUGCAGUAUAAUUCUGCGAAAUGAUAAUAAAGUGAAGCAAAUGUAA